AUGGCAAUGAAAGAAAAUGCUAACAAAUGCACGAUAUAUGUUGGCGGACUUGAUGACCAAGUUGACGAAAAGGCUUUACACGCUGCCUUCAUUCCUUUUGGUGAAAUCGUUGAAAUACAAAUACCACCGGACCCCGCUUCUCACAAUCAACAUCGUGGAUUUGGGUUUGUUGAGUUUGAGGAAGAGGCGGAUGCACAAGCCGCCAUUGAUAAUAUGCACUUAUCGGAAUUGUAUGGAAAAGUGAUUAAGGUUAAUCUAGCAAGGCCGAUGCGAGUUAAAGAGGGCAGUUUGAGAGCCGUCUGGUCGGAAGAUGCCUGGCUACAGAAAUACGCAUUAAAAUCCGCUGAUCCCAAAGUAAGUUACGAUGACGAUGUUAGUGACAUUAAUGAUGAGGAUCAAGAAAGAGAAGACACUCAUGAAAACGUCAGAGAAUCAUAA